AUGUCGAAUUCGGUUUGUAAGGCCAUUCCUUGGACAGAAGGCUCCGAGAACCCACAAGUCAUGGCAUCAACUGCCGACGCAAUACCCGCAUCAGAGCCGCCAAAAGGGCUGCUACCAACAACCGUACGCCAGCCACUAUCCUCACUACUAUACCCAAAGAUUGCAACAGCAUCAUCAUCACAUGAGGUCCCGCUUCAGUCGCCAACAGUCCCCCACCCAGGCAAGCGGCUACCAUCCCCACCGAAAUCCCCAGCAAUCACGCAUCCAGAAUGGCCGCUAUCAACUACUGCACCGAGAUGUACACCAGUCUUUGUCUUGUUCCCCACUCCAGAACUGAUGUCACCACUAUCAACGACAUCACCGUUUCCAACAAAUCUGCCACCUUGUCCCCAACCUGCGCAAACCGGAAGUUUCAUAUCUCGCCUCUUCAUGCGCGCACCUGCUCACCCAUACGAUGUGGAACUUGGUACGCUUCCGCAGCGCCGUAUAUGGGAGGCUCGCGUCAUGACUAUGGGAGACGACCAAAGGAGGAGGGAUGCAAGGAUGAUUAGGAUCAAGAUUGCAGGAGCGGUAUUGGUAAUUAUUGGGUUUUGGGUAUUGGUGGGCCUGGAGGUCUGGAGGAGACAAAGAGGUGAAGGUUACGAUGGGAUCGAAGAUUUCAACAUGUUUAGCUUCUCUGCUCUCCACAGCGUCGUUACAAAUUUUGAGGCUUUAUCAUCCAGCAGUGUCUCUUCGCCGGCCCCAGAGACGGUAUCGACUGAACCAUAUAAUAUAGACCAUAUCACUCUUCAAAUGGCAGAUACAGAGCGAGAAGAUGUUGUGUCCGACAAGAACCAAUCCAUUGCGGAUUUUUCUGAGAUACCUGACCACAAUGCAACACCAUACCAUCACCUCGAUCUCUCAACUACUCGCUACGUCCCCAACAACAAUACUGUCAUCACCGCAACGAAAUUAGACACCUCAACAUUGGACGCACCCAAAGACAAGACAAGCAUCCGGUCUCAAGUCCCAUCAGAGCGACACAUUAAUCGCGCCAACAUCACCAACGUCAACACCAACGCCAGCGACGUUGAGCUGGGCCCACUGCCAAACUCGACCGUUACAACACGGUGUUACUACUCGCCGUCCUCCUCUUCAACAGCAAAUACUCUUCAACGCCAACGCACUCGGAGGAUCCUCCAUCAUGUCAUGGUGGCUUUGGCCGGAAUGGUGGUGAUUGUUGUUGUGGCUUGCGCCAUAAUUUAUGUGGUCGCUUCACUGAAGUUUUCGAGGGCAUCGUGA